AUGCCGGUGAAAAAUGAGGUAUCUUGGAGAGCGAUCAUUUCGGAUUAUUCCGGGAAGGGUGAGCUGGACGUACCUCAAUCCUUAUUUGAUAAAAUGCCAGUUGGGAGGAACAUCAUGACUUGGAAUUCAAUGGCGUCCGCGUUCGCAAGGCGUGAGUUGUUGCUGUUGGCAAGGAAGCUGUUUGACAAGAUGCCAAUUAGGAAUGUGAUGUCAUGGAAUUCGAUGGUUUCAGUGUAUGCUUUGAAUGGGUAUAUGGAUUUGGUGAGGGAGUUAUUUGAUCUAAUGCCGGAAAGAGGGACAAAGCCCAAUGACAUAACCUUUGUGGGGAUGUUAACUGCAUAUACUCACAGUGGGUUGGCGGAUGAAGGGUGCAGGUACUUUGUGAAUAUGUCAAAAGUUUAUGGGGUUCAGCCUGAGAUGAAGCAUUAUGGUUGCAUAGUUGAUUUGUUGAUUCGGGCAUGGAUUCACAUAGAGAUCGGAAUUGUAGAUGAAGUGAGGAGUCAAGUUCUCAAACUAGAGCAUCAGCAAUCUGGUUACUGUGUUGUACUAUCUAAUAUCUGUGCUGCUGCCAGUAGAUGGGAUGAUGCCUCAAAAUAUGAGGAUUUUAUUGAAGCAUAG